AUGCCAUCCCGUGAAGAGACUAGCUAUUUUGGCGCCGGCCCAGCUCCUUUGCCAACAGCGGUAUUAAGGCAGGCUUCGAAAGUCAUCCUCAAUUACAACGACGCUGGAAUCGGCAUCACGGAAAUCUCGCAUCGUUCGGCUGACGCAGAGAAGAUCCUCGAGGACACCAAAUCUGCAUUGGCAACACUCCUCGACAUCCCCACACAAGAAGGUCCCGAUGGCUACAAGAUCAUCUUCCUGCAAGGUGGUGGCUCGGGUGAAUUCAGCGCUUCCGUAUACCACAUGACGGCCCUCUGGGUCGAGAAGAGAAGACAAAAGAUUGUGCAAGAGCUUGGUCCAGAAGACGAGACAAAGGUGUUUGAUGCUUUGAGAAAAGCCGUCGACCAAGAGUUCAAGCUGGACUACCUGGUCACUGGAAGCUGGUCGUUGAAGGCCAGCCAAGAAGCCGCCAGACUCAUUGGCGCAAACCACGUCAAUGUAGCUGUAGACAGCCGUAAGGACAACAAUGGCAAAUUCGGCACAAUCCCUAACGAAUCGACAUGGUCAUUGACUCCGAACCCCGCCCACAGCGGUAUGGUCUACUACUGCGACAACGAGACGGUCGACGGUGUCGAGUUCCCUGCCUUCCCCGCCAUCGACUCCGACAAGUACCAAGUCAUCGCAGACAUGUCCUCCAACUUCCUCAGCCGCAAGGUCGAUGUCAGAAGACAUGCUGCCAUCUUCGGUGGUGCUCAAAAGAACGUCGGUACCACAGGUAUCACCAUCGCUAUCAUCAAGAACUCUCUCCUCACACAGCUCGCAAAGCCCGACCUCUUGCGCAAGUUGAAUCUGCCUGUUGGUCCCGUUGUCCUGGACUGGCCCACCAUUGUAAAGAACAACUCCCUCUACAACACCCUCCCCAUCUUUGAUGUCUGGAUAGCCGGCCAGGUCAUGCAACUAUUGAUCUCCAAGGCCUCCACUGACGGACCCAAGAUCGCAACACAACAGUCCGAGUCUGAGAAGAAGGCUGCGCUCCUCUAUGGCAUCUUGGACAAAUACCCCGUUUUCCACGUCGUCCCAGACAAGUCUGUUCGCAGCAAGAUGAACAUUUGCUUCCGCAUUGGCAGCGAGAACGACAGAGAUGACAAGGAGAAGAAAUUCCUGGCCGGUGCGAACGAGAGACUCUUGCUCGGAUGUAAGGGUCACCGCAGCGUGGGUGGUUGCAGAAUUAGCAACUACAACGCCGUCAGCGUUGAAAAGGUUGAGAAGCUCGCGAAAUGGCUCGAAGAGUUUGCCCAGCAGCAAUAA